GCUUAUGCUAACAAAUUAACCAUUAAAUAAAGAGCAGAACUGGCGUAACAACCACAUCUUUUAUCUGCAACACACGCAAAAUGGCACACAACGUCCUUAUUACCGGAGUAUCAGGCUACCUUGGAGGAACGCUCCUCACUCGGCUGUCACCGCUGCAGUUAACCGGCGUCAACAAGACUUUUGCCCUAGUCUGGACGGAAACACAAGCGGAUGCUUGCAAAGGUUAUGGUAUUGAGCCACUGCAGUUCGACGCUUAUAACCAAGCAGCCAUACAUGAGGCAAUUGUCAGAAACAAGAUCACCAUCGUGUACUUCCUGAUUGACUGCAACAAAUUUGAGAACCAAGAAUUCUUUAUUCAGGCUCUCGCCGAGUGCAAGAAGAUUACUGGGCAGGAGACUCACUUCAUUUUUACCACAGGCACAAAGCAGUUUGGAAGCUACUGCGGUGCUCCAACUGACCGGCCUCUGCGUGAUACCGAGCCUGCUCUGUAUGAUAUCCAGAAGGCUCAGCGGAGUGAACAUCCAUGGGCUCAAACCUCUGUCAAGGUUAACUGCGAUGUUAUUGACAAGGGAGAAGAAUAUGGUGUGAGAACCUACAUUUUCUCGCCCUGCAUGGUUUACGGACCGGGCGAAGGAUUCGGCAAUCGGAUUUCUAUCCAAGUGGUUGAUAUCGUGCGGGCAGCCAAAGGGGCUGGCAGGGUCUACAGUGUCGAGGCCGAGCGGAAUGAAUGGCCCGUCUGUCACAUUGCAGAUACCACUGACCUUUACAUUAAAAUACUUUUGUCCAUAUUGGAGGGCAAGAACCCAGGAUAUGGGAAGAAUGGGUACUACCUCGCGUCAUCCGGGCGCGUUGCAUGGCAUGAUGUUUAUGAAGCGAUGGCAGUUGCCCUGGCUAAACGAUCCGUUAUUAAUGACGCGACAGUCGUUCAGGCUGACGAUGCAGCUUUGGAGAAAAUGGCAUCUGCUCUGGGAACAUACAAGUCCUUUGUAGGUGCUAGAAUAGCUGGACUGUCUACCUAUACCGCUGAGCAUGGUAAAGAGCUUGGUUGGUCGCCUCAAUACUCGCCGCAGCACAUUUUGCAGGCCGCAGAUGACGAGGUGGAUUACAUCUUGAAGAAUCUCAAGUAG